AUGCCAGUGAGAAAGCAUUCAUCUGGUUAUGAUGAUACUUCAAAGGCACUUGGAAUGGAUUCAUUACAACCAGAAGAUGUAAUUGUAGAUUAUAAUAUUUUUGAUAAUAAUACUAAGGUCAUGAAAAGAUGA